AUGGUAUUGCAAAUCGUGCUUGCCAUUUUGGCUGGAGUGCUUGGGCUCAACUACCUUUUGGUACGGCAAAAUUUGAAGUACGGCAAAAACUUCCCAGGACCGGUUCCGCUGCCAAUAGUAGGAUGUUUCUACGUGUACAUUAACCUGAAACCUGAGGAUAUAAUCGAUUUCGUAUCCCAGCUCAGAAAUAAAUAUGGCAACCUGUUUCGAAUGUGGAUCGGGAACCGGUUGGCGUUCUUCUGCACCAACGUAAAAUUCGUCGAAACAGUGCUAAGCAGCCAGAAGCUGAUUCGUAAAAGCGAGCUGUAUAAAUUUCUCGUUCCAUGGCUGGGCGAUGGGUUGCUGCUAAGCACGGGUACAAAGUGGUUCAAUAAGCGAAAAAUUCUAACACCAGCAUUCCACUUUAAGAUCCUGGAACAAUUCAUCGAGGUGUUCCAUAAGCAGAGCAGCAUCCUGGCGGAGCGUUUGCGUCCUCAGGCGACCGGGAAACUGGUGAAUAUUUAUCCUUUCGUAACGUUGGCAGCGUUGGAUAUCAUAUGUGAAACAGCAAUGGGAACAUCGAUUAACGCGCAAACUGAUUCGGAAUCUGCGUACGUGAAGGCCAUUACGGAGCUGAGUCUCGUGCUGACGGGGCGCUUCGUGAAGGUCUGGCAGCGGGUGGACAUUCUAUUCAGCCUUUCCCCCGACAAGCGGCGACAGGAUCGGAUCAUCAAAGUGCUGCACGAUUUUACCACUAAGAUCAUCCAGUCUCGGCGACAAGAGCUUAUGGCACAGGGCAAACUGGGGGGUAAUUCGGACAAUAGUGAGGAUGGUUCUGAUGUUGGCUCGAAACGGCGGAUGGCGUUUCUGGAUGUGCUGCUGCAGGCCACAAUCGGUGGUCGACCGUUAACAGACAAGGAAAUCCAAGAGGAGGUAGACACAUUUAUGUUCGAAGGUCACGACACGACGACGAUAGCAAUUUCAUUCACUUUAUUACUGCUUGCGCGCCAUCCAGAAGUACAAGAGAAAGUAUACCAGGAGAUUGAGGAUAUCAUGGGCAACGAUACAAAUGUGGCGGCUAGCUAUGGUAAUCUUCAAGACAUGAAGUAUCUGGAGAUGGUGAUUAAGGAGUCGCUUCGGUUGUACCCACCGGUACCGAUCAUUGCACGUCGAUUCACAGAGGAUGUUGAUUUGGGUAAGUGCUCUGGCAAAAUCAUUCCGGAAGGAUCAAAUUUCAACAUUGGAAUUAUGCAUAUGCACCGCGAUCCUAUUCUGUUUCCUGAACCCGAUCGAUUUGAUCCAGAACGAUUUGCCUCAGACCGGAACGUGGAACAUUCGAGCCCAUAUGCGUAUGUACCUUUUAGCGCAGGCCCACGCAAUUGCAUCGGACAAAAAUUUGCAAUGCUCGAGCUAAAAAGCACCAUCUCGAAAGUUGUUCGCCACUUUAAACUGACUUCCGCUGGACCCGAACCAAAGCUAACGAUGCAGCUGACGCUGAAGCCGAGAGAUGGGCUCUACAUUGGAUUUGUGCCACGUGCAAUGCUUCUAGCAGCAUUACCUUUCAUUUCCCUGGUGUUUGCAGUUGCAUACUAUGUGUACGUAAAAAAAUUCCGAAACAUGCUCAAGCACACUCGAAACCUCGGCGGCCCAAAGACUUAUCCGCUUAUAGGUAACGGAUUGCUGUUUGCUGGUAAAUCACCUGCUGCAUACUUGCAGACAGUAGGGCGCGUGAUUCGCGAAAAUGGCAAGUGUUUCCGUAUGUGGUUCGGAAUGCAGUUACUCAUCAUUGUAACCGACCCAAAGGAUGUCGAGGUGAUACUAAGUAGCAACAAGUACAUCGAUAAGUCCGCUGAGUACGAUUUCGUUCGACCGUGGCUGGCUGAUGGGCUUCUGACGAGCAGCGGACGCAAAUGGCACACACAUCGCAAAAUGAUCACUCCAACGUUUCACUUCAAAAUUCUGGAGCAUUUUGUUGAGAUAUUCGAUCAGCAGAGCAGCACCUUCGUGCAAGUUCAUAAACAUGCAGAGUCGGGGGAAACCUUUGACAUUUUUCUGCCAGUUACAUUAUGCGCGUUGGAUGUUAUCUGCGAAACCGCCAUGGGUACGAAGGUUAAUGCUCAGUUGAACACCAACUCGAAGUAUGUGCAAGCGGUUAAGGACAUAACGAAUUUGAUUCAGAUUCGUUUGUUCAACUUUCUGAUUCGGCACGAAUUAUUCUAUCGGUUCUCCUCGAAUCGACGCAUGCAACAGCAAGCACUGAAAGUUCUGCACGGAUAUACGGAUAGUGUCAUCAAGAACCGACGGGAAGAGAUUAAUCGAAAUGCCGCGAGCGAAAAAGCUGCGGUCGAUAUUAAUGAGAACGAUUUUGGCAUUAAAAAACGCAUGGCGUUUCUCGACAUGCUUCUACAGUCAACCGUCGAUGGUCAGCCUCUAACGGAUUUGGAGAUCCGCGAGGAAGUGGACACGUUCAUGUUCGAAGGGCACGAUACGACGACGUCUGCGAUCAGUUUUUUGUUGCAAAAUCUUGCGAAACAUCCCGAAAUCCAGCAGAAAGCAUUUGACGAAGUGCGAAACAUCAUCGGUAACGAUCGUACUCGCCCCGUAACAUUGACGAUGUUGAACGAGAUGCGCUAUAUGGAUCUAGUGAUAAAGGAAACACUCCGACUUUACCCUUCAGUGCCAAUGUUUGGCCGGAAAAUGCUGGAAAAUACGGAAAUAAAUGGCAAAAUAUUCCCUGCAGGUGCUAACGCUAUCAUUAUGCCGUUUUUCCUCGGACGCGAUCCUGAGAUAUAUCCCGACCCAGAGCGAUUCGAUCCUGAGCGGUUUAAUGUGGAAACAUCAGCCGAAAAGACAAACCCCUACCAAUAUGUUCCAUUUAGUGCUGGUCCUCGGAAUUGCAUCGGACAGAAGUUCGCCGUCGCCGAGAUUAAGAGUCUGGUGAGCAAGGUACUACGGCAUUACGAAAUUCUCCCACCCAUAGGCUCGUACGAUGAUGUUCUUAUGGCGGAACUCAUCCUACGUCCCGAGAAGGGACUAUUCGUGCGGUUGCAACCAAGAGUUCACUAG